AGACCGGGAUGGCAUGCUCUCUCUCCGGCUGCGCUGACGCUUCCACUGAUGGCGUGGGAUCCGGACCAGCGGCCGGUCCGUGAAGAAGCUCGAGCUGGUAGUAUCCCAUGCUGAACGACCGGACGGAGCUGGAGGAGGGAAGUCCGCUGGCGCCGAGCCUGCCGUGGUCGCAGAGGAAGACUGAGAGUCCGUGGGCGGUGUAUGAGGAUGGUCGCUUGUUGAUGGUAAUGAUACCAAGGAGAGCGAGCAGGACAAGGAACGGUCAAGACAUGCGGUGCGUGCGAGGGUCGAGGAUUUGGAGGGCCUGCGGACGACGCAUAUUGAUGUUGGCAUGCUGGGUCUGUUUCCCAGCGAGUGUAUGGAGUACGCCUCGAGUCUGGCGCAGGCCUCCGUGGACGUCAAGUAUUAAUGUGGCAUGGCGUGCCAAAUACGUGGGGCUUCGGUCGUGGCGGAUGCGCCUGGGACGAGGCAUGCGGUGUCGAGCUGAGUGUAUCUGCUGCGGGAGGUGUAGUGUUGAAGGCACGGUUAAGACAUUGACCCAGUACUUGUACGCAUGGAUGGCGGAGCAGUGUUCAGCAUGAAGUUAGUUCAUCAGAUAAGGUAGCUGCGAGGUUACCCUACAGUUAUCAGUUCUCGAGUUUUGUCCAGGUGUAAGUUUGACCUCGUCCUUGAACCACAGAGGGAUCAUGCAAAGCACAAGCCACAACUCCCUU